GUUCUACAGAAGCCCAGUUUUCCGACAUGGGAACCACUCCACCCAAAGACCAGCUGUCUCCAAAACCCGACCAUGACUCUCGAUUUUGGGCGGUACUAAUCGGUAUCGACGGAUAUUUGGAUACUCCUCAAUUAUCCGGAUGUGUUGCCGAUGCGAAUGCAAUGAAGGAAUACUUGAAGGGGACCCUACACGUCCCGAACAAUCACAUCGAGUGCCUUCUCCGUCCCCAAGAUGGCGAAUGCAUCGGCAAGGAUCCCACCCGCGAGAAUAUCAUUAACACCCUUCUCGCUUUAUCUACGCUUAAGGAAAAGGAAAAGGAAAUCAGCAAUAUUAUCAUCUACUUUGCCGGACACGGUUCAAUCUACCUUAACUCAGAUUAUUACGACGAGGGGACCAUCCAAUACUAUGGUUCCAGUCUGGCUCUAUGCCCCUCUGACCGCGGCACACCCGAUAAUAAUGGCAACGGGACCAUCCACGACAUUGGCGACCGGUUGAUAAACGACAUUCUCUCCGAAAUCUCUGAAGAUGUUCAUAUCACCGUCAUUCUCGACUGCUGUCAUUCCUCAGGUAUCACACAAGGAAUACCUGGUGCCAUCGAGCCCGGAGAAGAGAAGCGUAAAGCACCCCUCUCCGGGGAUACAAACGGACAGCGCCAUACCACCCGGCUGCAGUCUACACUUGAAGCUAUGUUCCAAUUCGACAAGGGAGGCCCCAAAUGUGGGGAUUUUCAGAACCGCAUAUCUGACAACUGGGUUCCUAAAAUGGGGUCUCAUGUCCUUUUGGCGGCAUGUCAAGGGUAUCAGCAGGCGAAGGAGAUAAAGAAGGAGGACGUUUCCAGGGGGGUUUUCACGAAGGCACUCAUUGAGGUUCUCGAGUCAAAGGAAUGGAAAGAAAAAGAAUUGAAAGGAAAGACACGUCAAUCGCCAUUGGGGAACGUAAGAACACACAACUUUGGUCCCAGGAGGAGCCGCCUAAAGACAGCUGAAGGAUAGCUGUCUUGACGCCGAGAAUUCAGAAGGAUUUUGACGACGGAUCCGGCGUUCAACACAACGGAAAUCCGCUCUAGUUUCAAUAUAGUAUGAUAGAAGAUGUACGAAGAGGUAAACAUAGCCAUCUAUGAUUCUGUAAAGUAAGAGGGGCCCAAAUGCAAGGCAAACAAUUCCUAUCA